AAAAGAUUAUAUUAUCCCAGUCACUAUGCAUAAGGUCAAAAACAAGCUUGAGGUAAAUUGCACAAACAUAACUCCAGAUUGUGACGAUUUCUCGACUCUGAAUAACAUAUCACAGGACUUACAAGAGUUAAGUGGGUAUGAUGAUAGUACUUUUGCUAAAUAUAAUGGGCUAAAAGAUGAAUUAUAUGAGAUGUCUAGUGAGGAAUUUUGGCAAGAGCCUUUGGUUGAAAUCUCAG